AUGUCGGCGACGGGACCCAUCAGUAACUAUUACGUGGACUCCCUGAUCAGCCACGAGAAUGAAGAUCUCCUAGCGUCCAGGUUCCCUGCCACUGGGGCUCACCCCGCAGCCGCCAGACCCACCGGCUUAGUACCGGACUGUAGCGAUUUUCCGUCCUGUAGCUUUGCCCCAAAGCCGGCAGUGUUCACCACGUCCUGGGCUCCGGUCCACUCCCAGUCGUCUGUCGUCUACCACCCCUAUACCCACCAGCCCCACCUUGGAGCGGACACGCGGUAUAUGCGGACUUGGCUGGAGCCCCUGUCCGGGGCCGUCUCCUUCCCCAGCUGGAAAGCUGGGGAGGGCAACUCCGCCCGUCCCCCGGGCCACAGUCCGCCCGGCGGCCCGGAUAGGCAUCGGGUUUGA